AUGGUGCCCGGUGGUGCCGGGGGCGGGGUCCCCUUUCCACAGGCAAGCGAGGCCGCGACGGACUCAAGGGACCGACGUGUGCCUCGCUCCGCGGUGGUCGAGGCAAGGAUAACCCCCGAGCAGAGCGACGACCGAGCGGACAUGGACGUGGACGUGGGCGAUGCCACCCCUACCAAGCGACCGGCUGACAACGCAAGCCUCCCGAGCAUCAAGAAUCUGUUCGGCAUCGAGAGAGCCGAUAACCUCCGGAACAUGCGACGUGCUCCGAGCCAGGAUGACAUCUUCAAUCCCGCCUCGCCCCCGUCGAGUGCGCGGCCGGCUUUCGGCACGCGCCCGGAACGAGGUCCUUAUGCCCACGGCGGCAGCGGCAGCAGCUUUUCCAGCCUCUCCGGGGGCUCGGGACCUACCCUCGGUCCGAUCCGCACCCGGCAAUCAUCAACUUCGGGUUCGCUGGGUCGAACCGGCACGUUCGGCACCCCGCCGCGGCAGACGGUGCUACCGCAGAUGCUCUCGAGCGAGGAAUCGGGCAGGCGGCGGACCGAGUCACGGACUCGCCAGUCACUCAAGGGACUGCUCAUGUCUCCACCUGGCCGCAAGGCGUUCCUGGAAGGUGAAGGUCCAGGCGACCACGCAAACACCCCACGGAGGCACAGGCCAGGGUCUUCGUCGGGGUCGGCGCCGAUCUCGCAGCUGCUGCCCGGCCCCGAGCACAUUACACGCGCGAGCCCGGGCCAUGCAGCCACGCUCUCCGAUCCCUCUCCUAGCCUGCUGCCCGGGUACGCGCCAUCAGGCCAUACUUCUGCUGCAAGUUCCAAUACCGAUGCCUGGGGAGGUGCCAGCACCCAGUCCGGGAGCACUAGCCCGCGGACGAGUUGGCACAGCCGCUCGUCGACGCUCGAGUCCGGCGAUCCUGCCUACAAGAUGAUGAUGGGCGAUGGACCACGGGAGAGGCAGCCGUCGCUGCUUCCGCCCUUCCGCGAACCGGGACAGGCAGCAACAGACCUGCUUCGGCGAUCACCGGAGCAGACCAUCACGUCGCUGACACGGCACGGAAGCCUCCGGAAUCCCCAGAUGCCCUCGGAGGGAUCAGCGGUCCGUCGCCCACGCGCGAGGACCCUGACCUUCUCCGACAGGCCGAUUGCGCCUCUCCCGGGGAUGAACGAUCCCGCUCGACGUCAGCAUCUGGAAGCUGCCUCGGAGCUGCUGCGCAUGGGGCGGGGAGGUGCACAACCAUCGCUGCCAGUCCAGACCGGCGGUCGGACCUACCAUCACAAGCACAGCGCGUCUAUGCAGGAACGCGCGCCGCUGCCGCUCGACUUGUACACGAGCGAGCAGAUCGACACGCGCGGCCAUCGACCGAAGAGCUCUUCGAUGUCACUGCGAGGUCCGCCGCCGUUAGCGCCUGCGGGACCCUAUCCGCAAGGCUUGCAGCUGGAACAGCAGCCGCCUGCCGCAGCUGGGAACUUCGACUCGUUCCACUCCCGCAGGGGACGCGGUGCCGCAGACGAGGCCACACGGCCAGGCGCCAACUUUGUCUUCCCGCGCCGCCCGAUGCCGGAUCCCGUCGAGGCGCAGAGGUACCAGGCGCACGUCAUGAGGGGUCCUGGCCUCGCCAGCGUGCCUGACGGCAUCGUCAGCGGCACGGCGGGGACCGGUGGAAGCCCUCGUUCUUCGGCCACGGGCACGAUCGCCUCGGGCCAGGCAAAGUACGAAUGCGCCUGGUGCGGUAAACGCUUCUCGCGUCCGUCGAGCCUCAAGAUCCACCACCACUCUCACACCGGAGAGAAGCCUUUCGUCUGCAACGAGCCCGGCUGUGGCCGAUCCUUCAGCGUGCAAUCCAACCUGCGUAGGCACCAGAAGUGCCACGGGCCAGGCGGCGAAGGCGGCGAGCAGUCGGGUCGCAGCCACAUCAGCCACAGCGCUAGCUCCUCACGCACAGACGACCCGGAGAUGUGGCACCACCCGUCUUUUGGCUCGCUGCAGCAGAUCACGGACCAUCCUCCGCUGUCUCGGUCAGCUUUCGAGCCCGGCUCCCGCAGCAUGGGAUCCUGGGCCGACAUGCAGCAGCAGCAGCACUUCCGGCAACAGCCGUUGCACGGCCACGGCGGCCCGGGCCUCGAGCCUCCCUUUAUGCAGCUGCGCGAGAGGCGGCUAUCGGAGUCGUCUGGCGAAGAGGACGACGAGGACGAGGCAGGGGACCGCAAGCGCUCCGGCAUCAUGCUGGUCAAGGACUCGCCCAAGCAGGACACGGCGUCGUCGCAUCUCGGGCCACCCUCGAUCCUCUCGAGCGACGACGAGGACCGGCCUCCGACGUCGCGGAUGCGCAGCGGCACAUCCGGCAGUACCGCUGGCAUCCGAGUCGGCUUCAGCUCUCUGCUCAACCCCAAGGCCAAGGCCGAGGCAACCUUCGAUGGAGGCGAGUGA